AGCUUGUGUAUGCGUUCGAGUUGGUGUUGCUUGGCGUUGUUUAGCACACGGCUAGCUGCUAAUGCUCAGGAUUUCCGCAAAUUUGUCGGCAUUCUUGUCUGUUCUGUUGAAUAUCACCGAAAGUUUCGCCUCAGUGGGGGAUUUCAGAGUUCACGUCAGAGGUGUGAUUCAGCAGUGCUUCCCAACAUGAGAAUGAUUGCUGGAAAGGCUUCUUCAGCUGGCUGGAGAUGACCUGCCACCCUUUCGGGAAUGGUCAGAAUGGGGCCAGAUGUGCCCCUUCUCAAUGAGUACAAGCAGGAGUUCUUCUGGAAGCGCUUUCCCCAGACAGUGUUGGGGGGUCCACGCUUUAAGUUGGGGUACUGCGCUCCGCCCUACGUCUACGUGAAUCAGGCCGUCCUUUUCCUGACGCCAUGGCUUUUGGGGGGUGUUGGCACACUCCUCUGCCAGUUGCAGCUUCUCCAGGAGCUGCACGCCGCCAUGCUCUCCGGCGCGCUGAUGUUUGCCGUGGCAGCGGGAGUCCAGGCUGUGGCUUUGUACGCCGGACGACGGAACGGCGCAGUGGAAAGAUUUGGGGCGCCCAGCACCCUUGUGGAUGAAGAGGAAGUGGAGUUUACUCACUGCGUCAGCCCAGAGACGGUCCGAUUUAUUGCUCCCGGGAAAAGAUUUGGGCUGAACGUGGUGAUGCAUACGGUACUGGCUGGGCUGCUAUGUGGUUUCGGGACAUGGUACGUGCUGCUUGGCAGACUCACGGCUCUGUAUGGCAGCAUUGGUGCAUCUCUAGUCAUCUUUGUCCUAAGUUGGGUGACUGUGUGCAUAGCGGAGUAUUCCCUGGUUGUCAAUACAGCCACAGAGACUGCUACCUUCCAGGCACAGGACACUUAUGAGAUUACCCCACUCACCCGACCGCUGUACAUCUUCAUUUUCAUUGUUGUGGACUUGACCGACAGGUUCUCGGGCCCAGUUCCUGAGCUCCAACUUGCCAGCCAGGUUCUUCAUGUGCUUUUCCUCUUCCUACCUCUGCUGUGGGCACUGGGAAUACUUCCUCCCCUGGAUGCCUUGUUCCUCUGGGGCAUGGAGCAGGUGCUUGUGUUUGGAUUAGGAGGCUCCCCCAUGUCCAGUAACUUCAGGUUGCUGUUGAUGUUUGGAGUUUCUGCUGGCGUAGCUGUUUGCAAUUACUUCAUCCCAUCAACACUGGGAGUCGUCCUCUUCUCCACUGCAACGGGAUUCCUGCUGAGCUUGGACCUCAGCCAGAUCGGCACCCUCUGCCAUUCUCCCAUGACCGACCUACGCAGCGGGGGGUCAUCCCCAUCUCUUCUUUCCAACACCUUUGGCUGGGACUUGGGCUGCCGGGAGGUGUUGUUGUAUGCGAGCCUGUUAUUGGCGGCCCUGGCAGAAGUAGGCCUGCUGCAUCACUUUCACAAUUCGGUUCAGUCGCAGAGUUUGGUAAAAGGACCCCAGGCUCCGGUCAGCUACCUCCUCUUGGUCCUUUUCUCACUCUGCUGGAUUCUCAGAGAGAUCCAGGGGGCUUAUGUGUGUGCUGGCUUAUUCCUCAAUCCGGUGUACCCCAAAGGUAUGUCUAGUGUGCAGACUUUCAAGCAGAAGAACAGAGGCUUAUUCAUUGCAGCAGCCAUCAGGAGAGUCCUUCUUGGUCUUGUUUCUCCAUUUGCAUUGAUUGCUUUCUUGUCUAUGGACAAAUCCCUACAGCAGCUCCAUGGGGUGCCUCUCAGUGUGGGAUUCACGCGAGCUUUUAGAAUAGCGUGGCAAAGCUCAGAGGAUGCUCUACUGCAAGUGGUUGUGGUUGUCAUUGUGCGUCUUGCAGCUGUAAACAACAGGCUGCCUGGCUGGGACAGCCUGGGCACAGGUGUUCAGCUUCUACUGGUUGGCCUCCUGAUGGAUAGAUUCACCCAGUUCCUUGCCAAGCUAAAGUUCACCCUCACAGUGUUGGUGACAUCAUGGACCGAGAAGAAGCAGCGGCGUCAGUCAGCCGGAACUCUCCUGGCGCUCAACGCCUCCCUCUGCCCACUGCUGUUGGCUGUGGUGACCCUUUCUGCUCUGCUCUCCGCCCCCCUGCUGCCCCUCUUCACACUGCCCAUCUUCCUGGUGGGCUUCCCCAGGCCUCAACGCAGUUGGCCGGGGCCCGUAGGUACCGCCUGCCCGUGCCCAGACUCCAUCUUCUACCAGCAAAUGAGCAGAAGUCUGGCUUCUGCCAUGAGGACAGCCUUUGCUAGAGGGUCUCUGGGUUCUUUAGCACCAGGGUCUCACUUUCUCGGCCGCUUUCAGGACCGCAUGGUUUGGAUCGUAAUUCUGGAGAGAGGAUACGGCUACUGCACGGUCAAUAUUAAGGGUUUGGAGCUACAGGAGACUUCUUGCCACACAGUAGAAGCCCGGAGGGUGGACGAGGUUUUUGAAGCUGCUUUUGAGCGCCCGGAGCGUCUUGGGUUGACCCAGGGUUUGAACCUGCACUGGGCCAAUGCUCUUACACCUUGCGCAGUGCUGGCAGUACGCGUCUACUCGGAUGCCCGCAACGUCCUCUCGGGCAUCAUUGACUCUCACGACAACCUGAGGAAGCUUCAGGAUGACUUUCUGAAAGCCUUGGUGUGGUUGCUGCUGCGUUACUGCGUUAGGAAGCAGAAAGGCUCUCUGUGGAGCUGCGAGGAAGGGACGGGAAUCGGGGGCCGGAAGUCGCAGUCUUCUCAGCAGGCGCAGAUUACAGGAAACCAACUGCCUGAGGCUAUCGUGGUGGAAUCUAAGGUAUCUUCCCUCCGAUUCAGACAAGACAGCUCCAGCCUGACAUCUUUUGGCGACUGGUCGGAUGAGGAUGACCUAUUUGGACCUCAACCAGCCAGGCGGACAGUGGCCUUGGUGACCGCAGAGGCCCAGUCUGGACACACAAUGCUGCAGACAGGAGCCUCUCUUCCGGGCUCUGUCGAGAUGGACAGUCUUUUUGAAAACAUGGCCCUCUCUGCCCUGCAGCCAUUACAGCCUUUAGGUCUUGGCAUUGGGAUGCCAGCGGUCGACAAAGGUAACAACCCCGAGAUCUUCAAAGAGAGUCCCGGCUCACUCCGCCAGCUGACGUUCAGCUGUCCCCAGUCUGAGGUGUUCAACCUACCAACGGGAUGGAGGACGGCACCUUUGUUACCGAGCCGGCUGCUGCAGCUCAGAGCUUUAUUCCCCGAGGACUGGUACAGGUUUGCUUUGGGCCAGUUCGGACCCAUUGUGCAGACCGACACCUCCGAGGACAUGACCAAAGCGCUGAAGGAAGAUGAAACCUUGAAGGACCUCCACGCUCAGGUGGCACUCUCGUGUCUGGUGUCCCUCGGGGCGGAGUCAGCCUUUACCAGCCCGAGUUACAUCUACAGGCUGUACUGUGGAGACGUACCGUGGACAGAAGGCCUCGAGUGGCUUUCAUCCAGCAAAGAACUUUAUCAGCUCGCACUUAGGGCUUUCAGGUUUAGUUUCAAGCUCUUGUUCGAUCAAGCAAGCCUUGGGCCAAUGGAGUCCCCCGAGGAGAUGUUCAGUGCCUUGGAGGGAUAUGAAAGGGACUGGUACAUUGGAUUGGUGUCUGAGAAGGGCUGGCAUGACAGCGUCCUUCAGGAGAAGCCCUUCCUUUUUUCUUUAGGACACGACCUCUCAAUGGGUACGUACACGGGGCGAGUGCUGUCUUUGCAGGAACAGCUGGUGCAGGUGGGCCGUCUAAACGGCGAGGGGGUGCGAGGUCAGUGGGCCAACCUUUCUUGGGAGCUCCUGUAUGCCACUAAUGACGAUGAGGAGCGCUACAGCAUCCAGGCUCACCCCUUCAUGCUAAGAAACCUGACCGUCCAGGCAGCCGACCCCCCCCUGGGCUACCCCAUUUACUCAUCAGCACCCCUUCACUUCCCCUGCCUCUGAGCAC